CCGGACGCCGCAGCUUCGAGUCACGCACGCACGGUUUCUCCCUCUCUCUCUCCCUCUCUUUCUCUUUUUCUCUCUUUUUUUUUAUUCGUUCCUGUCUACCUGUCCGUCUAUCCGCCUAUCCGUCUCUUCGUCUCUCUUUCGCUCCCGAGCUACCCCCUCUACCACCCCUCUGAUAUCUACGCGCGUACGUGUAGGUGUACGUACGUAUAUACAUACGUAUGUGCACACACAUGUACAUCCUCUCUCUCUUUCCCGGUUAGAUAGUUACCCUCCCUCUUCGGAACUCCUACAUCUCUCUCUCUAUCUCCGUUCCUCUUCCCUUUCGUCCGUUUAUCCCUCUCGCUCUCUCUCUCUCUUUCUGUCUGUCUGGUUCCCUUGCUGGCUCCAACUCUGCCCUUCCUCGUGCUGUCUCUCCUGGUCGGAACUCCGCUUUCAGGACGACGUCGAGGCGCGUGAUCGUCUCUCCCCCACCGUUAGGAACGCGGCCAGGGAGCCAAUCGGAGCUACGCUUCCGGCUACGGUGACGGCCCAAUGGGCGAACACCGGCCACGGAUAGACGCUGACGAUCGCUGAUUUUGACAGUCGACACACGACGACGAUAGUAGUACACCGUGCUGCUGCUGCUGUUGCUGCCUACUCUCCUUCCCGGCCGCCUGAAUCUGCUCUCCCCGGUCCUUCCGGCGCCAGGAUCAGAGACUCGGAGUUCGCUCGUCGGGUCGGUCGAUCGUGUUCGCUCGCCGAGACUCGCGCUUCGCGAUCAUUCGAGGACCGGGUUCCACCAUCCCCGUCGGUUCCCGGAACAUUCGGUGUGACCUGGUGCUGCACGGUCGAGGACAUCGUUGCGAGAGGAAGGGAGAGAGAGAGAGAGAGAGAGAGAGGAAGAAGGAAGAGGGUGGUCGAAUCGAGGACCGAUCACGUGGCGGGUGUCGGGGUCCGUUCCUAGGCAUCUGACAGUCUCGGACUCGGCCGUUCUCCGGCGAGAGAAAUCGGUCUAGAGGGACCGUCCAGUGUUGGGUCACGACGAAGAAGGACUGGUCCUUCGACCUUGGCUUCCGUUUUCCCUCGGUUCGUCCUCUCUCCGAUUCUCUCCCUCUCUGCCGACGAUCCUCGGUCUGGUGACAAGUGUCCGUCCAGUGGCAGCGCAAAAAGACCGCGCGGAUGACAGCGAGAGGAUAAAAUUACGCGCAGAUGUAGAGACAAACGGACAGUGGCGACCGCGAAGCCUCGGUAGUGUCUCCCGUUGUUUCUCCUUGAGGCUAUCCACGUCGGACGACAGUGUCGCUGGUCGAAUAAUCGUUUCGAUCGGACCAGCUCUCGUUCGUUGGUUCCAAUAGGAGACCUUUGGCUUCGAGUUCGAGUACGGGAACAUCGCGUUUCAACGUUGCCCGAGAUCCCGUUCGAUCGCGAGUGACCACGUCUUCCUCGGGACUAGCGGGUGAGACAGACGGCAAGGGGAGAAUUUAAAUGCUCGGGUGAAGGGAACCGGAUGAGCUGCGCUAUGGAGUACCAGCAAUUGGUGCCACCGCCGGUACCGCUGCACCAGGCGCAUCACCAGCAGCAUCAGCAGCAACCGGUGCAACCGCCCCAUCCUCACAUCGUGGUAGCGCCUGCGCACCAACAGCAACCCCAGCAACCACCGCCACCACCGUUACCGCCCACCUCGCACGGCCAUCAGGUGCACGCGCCGCUUCCGUCUAUCCACGAGGACAGCACCAGCUCGCGUUGGAGCCAGUACCAGCACCUCUGGAGACAGCACCAUGUCUACGUGAAUGGAAAACAAGGCAAAGAUGGACCGGAAGAGAAGAAGGACGCCGAUGGAGAGCUAUGGGGCAACGUGGAAGCGCAGGCCGCCUUCCUCGGCCCAAAUCUCUGGGACAAAACUCUGCCUUACGAUGCCGACCUGAAGGUAUUGAACCAUUACGUGGAUCUCGACGAGUUUCUCUCCGAGAACGGCAUUCCGGCCGGCGGCGGACAGGGCACGAUGCAGAGCGGACAACUGCACAAGAUCAACAACACCGAAACACCAGGACACCAAGGACCUGCCGGUCUUCAUUUAGAACCGGUCACCAAACGCGAGAGAUCACCCUCGCCGAGCGAGUGUUGCUCCCCCGACACCAUGAACCCUCCCUCACCCGCGGACUCCACGCUCUCGAUGGCCUCAUCGGGGCGAGACUUCGAUCCACGCACCCGGGCCUUCUCCGACGAGGAGCUCAAACCCCAACCGAUGAUCAAGAAAUCACGGAAGCAGUUCGUUCCGGAUGACCUGAAGGAUGACAAAUACUGGGCGCGUCGUAGGAAGAAUAACAUGGCAGCGAAACGAUCACGGGAUGCACGUCGCAUGAAGGAGAACCAGAUCGCUCUCAGGGCCGGCUUCCUCGAGAAAGAAAAUAUGGGCCUACGGCAGGAACUGGACCGGUUAAAGAACGAGAACAUGCUGCUACGUGACAAGCUGAGCAAAUACACGGACGUCUAACAGUACGCCGGGCAAGCAACAGCUCGUCGUGGUAUUAAAAAAGAUGCAGACACGAGCGUUUGUUGUGCCAGCUCCUCCCACACACUAUAGUCGCAGCACUUAGGUUUUUCGCCGUUCGGAUGAAAGAAUAAAAAAAAGAAAAAAUUAAAAAAAAGAAGAUGAAGAAGAAGAAGAAAAAGAAGAAGGAAAGGAAGGAGCGCGCCGAAUCGCAAGACCAUUCUCGACAAAUUCGAACCAGCCCACCCUUUUCCUAGAGGAUCCUGAGGUUAUCCUUCGACGAACUUCUGUUAUUCAUCCAUCUUUUCCUCUUCUUUCCUCCCCUCUUCACACGCUCAUAACAUACACAAAAUGUAUACACACAUAUUUCUUUCAAUCCAUUCCCCCUGGUCCAUCCUGUGCUCCUUUCUCCCCUUGAAUUUUCACCUCCCCCCCCUCAAAAAAGUGUACAUAGUUAUAUGUAUAGUUAGAUUAUAUAUGUAUACAUACAUACAUACACGGCCGUGUGUAUGUCUGUCUGUAAGUGUGACUCUGUGCGCGCGUGUACACGCGCGACCGCAUGCACACGUGUAUGUAUUUAUACGCGUAUAUACCAAGAGGUAUAUUAACCAAUCGGGUAUAUCAAUCCGCUGCAACGCAUUAUCGAGCAUUAUAUGUAUAAAUAUAUAUACAAGAAACGCGUACGUAUAUAUCUAUAUACAUAAAGAGACAUAAGCAUACACGUAUACACGCGGAGCCGCAGAUCGUGGAAUCGUCAGUGUGCGUGUCAGAUGAAUAAUGUAUAAACGGCGUGUACAGGUAUUCUCCCCGGAACACUUUGAAACUUUUCCUUUAGACAUUACGAGCACGUUAAUCACUCGAUGAACACUGUCUGUUAAUUGCCUUAUUGAGAGAUUCAAUGGUGAUUCUGUGCUUCUUUAAAAUAAGAGACGAAUCGUUAAUUUUACGUAACCAGAAGGAUUUGAGUGAAUUAGGUAGCCAAGAAAAUUCGAAUGAUGAAUAUUCCGAAUAUAUUAAUAAUCAGAAGUAUGUGGGAAUCCGAAAGUAAGAGUAUCCGAAUCACGAGUCGAAUUAAAUCGAAUCGCGCGAGAUUCUGAAAGUUUAACCAACGCAUAAGUUUGUUUGUAUUUUCAGAACGAAAUUCUUAAUUCAGGCGAACCGAGUUUCGAAUGAAAAAUUUUAUCCCCAGUGUGUACGAGCACAGUCACGUGCGAACAAAUUUAUGUAUUAGACAAGAUUUCGAGUACCGCUCAGCCUAAAUCGAUAAAUAUUCAAUUCGAUACGACUGAUAUUUUCGAGAAAUCCCACAGCACUAAGAUUAUUAGUAAUUAAUUCAUUUAUUUUUUAAAAACAUACGUGUCAUACUUAAGUUCAUAAACGCCAAAACCGAACCAAUUAAAAUUAAAUCUAAUAUAAGGAAAGUUCUUUCCAUCGAAAAGCGAUCGAGUAAACGAAUGAAUUAUUUAAUUAAGAAGCUCCUGACUGGUAUACUGUAACAAAAAGGUUUGAAUUUAUUCGAAUGAAAUUAAAGGAAAAGUGAUCAGCAUGAUGUAUCAGGAGAAGUGUCUCAACUGUAAACAUCUGGUACGCACACGUUAACCGCCUCAUAAACCGGGCUGGAGCUGAUUAGAGUAAUAAGUGAAAGAUGUACGAGUACGUAAGCACAGACAGACGCGCGUAUAAAUGAUCAAUAGUUGAAAAAGAUGGCCGCGAGCGGUCCUUAAGCGGCUGUUUAAUCACGCGCUGACUCUCGAGCUUCUAUUUGGCUCUUGUACAAUAUGACCCACAGAUCUGAUUGCGGAUAGAUUCUUGAUCUAACGUUCUUCCCUUUAAUUUGACACUUAAAAAGCCUGGAAUGUCGAUCUUAAGGUUCCUCGAUGACAUCUAAAUCGAUUAAGUACAAUAACUAUCAUUAUUGUACCUCGACGUGGUCCUGCACCUGGUCUCGUUUGAUAGAUUAUCCAGCGAAUUCUGUAUCAAUUAUAACAUUCUUUAAUGGAAUUGUAAUAUUAGAAAACUAGAGAACAACGGAAAAUAAAAGAAUAUCCGUAAUCGAUCAUUUGUUAAAAAACGGGGAAAAAAAGAAGAAGAGUAAAUUACGAACGAAGGAUACUUGGGAGAACGACGCUUUUCUGCGCACGGACUAGGUCCUAGUUCUCUAAGAAACGUUAAUUACUGUAGCGUAUCCCACAAGUGGUGAUGGUACACACACAAGUGAUUCUAGUUGUUUUUAUCAUAAGGUAGAGAUCAAGUGCUUCUUUUUUUUCAUACAUAAUGUUUUAAUCUCUCUCUUCUGUGUAACGUUUCGUUUUUUAAGCGCUCGAUUGUAUGCCAGUUGAUGAAUCGCUCGA